AUGAACCAAAGCAUGGCAGCGUGGCUGUCCCAACACGGCAAGCAACAUGGACUUCACCUCAGAGUCUAACCUGUUCUCUCUGGAUGGCUCAUCCUGGAGUCCAGUUCCCUCCUCCCCGCCGACCGAGGUUGCACCCGCACACAUGGAGGCGGACGAAUAUGCCCUCCACCAUGGCCUCACAUUCCCCGGUAUUGACCCCUGGUCCGACAUUCUCGACGAAACCGGCACCAUUGCUGCCACCAUUGUCGACGUCCAACCCAGUCAUUUGAUCGAAAAUGGAACACUGCAAGAAUGCGCCUUCCGCCCCAUCAUCCCCGCACCGGAGCAAUGGCAGGUGCCGGCUGAGUCAAUGCAACUGCUUCAACAGACCUUUCAACGAUGCACUACGAUUGAGGUUGCCGAUCUGAUGGAAGAAUUGUGCCUGGAGGAAACCCCUAGCCUGAAAGAGCUCAAGCUCGAACCCCCCAUCAUUCGAAGCGACCACAAUAGCGACUGCCACAGGUUGAGACGGAGAGUCACCUCUUUCCGGAAGGACACGCUGCCAGACCACGGCCUUCCCCUGGAGGAUGCCGAUGUGACCGAGGGUGAAGGGCUUGAGUUUGCCGAAAAUGCAAAUGCCAUGGAGAAGGAAUUGUUGAAGAAGGCUGCAACUGAGCCGCUCGAGGUUACAAAGGAGACAGUAGGAUAUCUUGUGCAGAUUCUCAAGACGGAGUGGAUCGACAAAGAUCAGUGGGAUCUGUUGGCUAGUAACAGCACUUAUCAUGGUCUUCCAAGUUUUGGAGCUACAGAGCCUUUGUCACCGCCCCUGAGUCCUAUGCUGGAACCAUUCGAUGAUCUGUUUGUUCCUGAUGAAGAGACAAGUCGGGUUCCGCAACCUUCUUCUCCAUUUUCUGACAUCAGUGAAGAGAUCCGGGUUGCGGAGAACAAGCUUCUUCAGCAAGACGAGAUUUUUUGGGAUGAGGCGACGACAGCUCAAAUCUCACCCGACCGCUCUGAUGAUAUGGACAUCCCGGAAAUGAUAAGAGGUGGGCUCUUUGAGUCAUCAGUGUUGCCACCGAUACACUACCCGCUCCCCGAGCACCCGUAUCUCGACGUGCCAAUAUUUCCACCUCUUCCGCACUCGCAACCUGACGAUGCCUUGUGGCUUGAAGACCUUACACAUGCAGGUGUUCUGACUGAGCCAAGAAGCAUGUCCCCAGAGAUCUAUGAGGAGGAACGCCAUCUUUCAAGGUUCUUUGACGACAAGGCUGCCACGCUCGUGCGGUACGCUGAACAGGAAAGACUCGAGCCACUUGACGCCAUAGCCCGGGUUUCAGUUCCUCUCAUGGACUUCUCGUUGCCGACCCCGGCAUGGGAGCAACAGCUCCAGAGCGCCAGGGCACAAUUCGGCUUUAUUCGAGGGACAACCGACGUCGACUGGCAAGGGACCAAGUGGGGUCACAACAGAGCGGCUGAGCAGCGGAUCGUCUGGACGCCUAUGGCGCAUAUGAAAGCAAAGACAUUGGCACCUGAGGCCAUCAAGGUAGACCAGGGGCACCUUGACCACUUCCUAGGACAUGGAGAAGACGAACAUGUGAUGACAAGUGAAGACCUGGUGCGCAAGAAACCAGGACUGUUGAUCCUGCAGAUGCAUCUUGACGACGAUGAAGAAUUACUACCUUUGUCCUCCACGGGAGACCCAACAUUGACCACUUCACGUGCUAAUCGAGAAGAUGGGAGCUCGAGCGAACCACUGACCAGGACAACAGUCACACACCGAGCCCGGCCAGUCGAAGAUGGUGUAGUGGAGCCGCCGGUCCCAGGUCCCGUUGCGGUUUUGGCCGGCCAAAAAAGACUUCGAGCAGAUCCCAUAGAGAUACGGCCAAUACCAAGGCCAUCUGCCCACCCACCAACGCGCCGCAUGCUCGGCCUAGCUGAAGGUGAUAACCUCCCGCCGGUCCCAACAACAGAUCUAUUCGGGGGGCUUGUGCAAGAAUACCCCGACUUCAGAACGUUGCUCGAUUCUUUUGUUGCGGUCAACUUCCGCGCUGUAACAGACCGAUCCAACAGCGGCCAUCCCAGCUAUCGGGUUAAUAAACUAUUCGGGGCCACACAACCAGCGGAGUCGCUCCCUGCUCUUCCUGAGAUCCCAGCAGCUGCUCCAGACAUUGCGCCUCCGGAACAGCGGCCCAGAAUAGUUGCAUCCUUCACGGCGGUUGGCCCAAUGGCGCAGUUCUUAACGAAGCUCCUCCCCGGAAUAGAGAUUGUACGUCGCGACUACAAACCUCACCGACCAGCUACAUGGUUCCCAGGCCUGCGUUCGCCUAACCUUGACGACGCUGACUUGACGAUAUCCCCUGCCACUGGGAUUAUGCUGCUUACCAUGGUAAAGCUGCGUCAAAGGCCCAUGCCAGGCCAACCGGACAAGACAGUGAACUAUCACAGCGUGGUCCAGAAUGCUGCUUUGCGGUACGAGCGGUUGAUCGUCUUUGUGUCUGAGGGCAACAAGUUCAAUGAGGCGAUGACACCGCUGUCUCAGUCAGAUGCAAAGGCGCUGGCCGAGUUUCAGGGAUUUGUGGGCGGUUUGGACACAGAGGUGCGUGUGUUGUAUGUGGGAGGAGGAACCGAGACGCUGGCGAAGUGGGUGGCGAAGACGAUCUGUGACCAUGCCAGCGAGCAAGCUGAUGUGAGGAGCUUGGUGACUCCUCCGGAAACUCACCAAGAGGCCUUUCUCUUCCGGGCAGGCAUGAACGUGUUUGCCGCCCAGGUCAUUCUCAAAAGGCUGUCUGUCCCGGCAGAUGGCUUGGCCGUAGGAGGCAAGAGAGGGCAGUCAUAUGGAUUGCCGAAGUUUCUGAUGAUGUCGUUGGAGGAUAGAAUCGCCAUGCUUGAGGAAUUGCUUGGGGGGCGGAAGAUAUUGGAACGAGCCAGCCGGGUUCUUGAUGAGCCGUGGGGCCAACAUGCGGUUGGCGAGUAUGACGAUGACGAUGUAUUUGAAGGUUCUGACAUGUAAGAUGGCGGGAGGCGAUCGAUGUCGGAUGAUGUACUCGGAUCUUUUGCCGGCUUUUGCUCUGAAAAUCGUUUGCUCGAUACCAGGUAGCUAUGGGUAGUGUUGACCCCUUGCGAUAUUUGCUCAAAUGCUUUGCUCAAAUACCAAACUUCAUUCUUUCUCUUCCACAUCUCCCUCUAGUGGCUCAAAUUCUUGCGCUGCCGCACCAUUGCUGGCAUCAAUACUCCAGACCUUGAGGCUUGUUUCCUCGACGACAAAAGCUGGCUUUUUCCCGGAUGACGAGUCAUCCUCACUGUCGCUGUCGCUAUCAUCGCUGCUACCCUCAUCACUGCUAUCACCAUCCGCCACCUUCCAACUCCCCGAGCAAGUAGCCAGCACACUCCCACUCGAAUGCAUAGCCGUCGCACCAACUGCGCUCUCCCCAUCAUUCACCCCCCACUCCCAAGUCGGCUUCGUUUCCUCUUCGUUCAUCCCAACCCCUUCAUACAUGACCACCGUCCCGUUCUUCCUCCCAGCCCAAACCUCAAAACCGUUGCCGUUUUGAUCGGGAAAGACGUCGACGCCGAGUCGCUGAUUUGUUGUCCCAUCUCUGCCGGAUAACCACCCUAGCAGUUUAUGCGUCCCCCUCACAUCAUAAACCAGCAACCCUUCACUCCCUCUUUCAUUCACAACCAAGUACCGCCCACACGGACUCCAGAUUGUUUGGACAACUCCCUUGCCUUUAACCCCCGCUUCGUGAUCAGCGGAGGGUUUAACGCUGAAGUUGGCGAUGACGCUGCCGGAGCGGUAGAUGUCGUACAACCCCACCCAUCUUGUCCAAGUUCCCGCAGCUAGUAUCCCCUCCCCAGCACCUGUCGGCUGAAGCCCCAACGCGGAAACGGUCCCUCGCAUUCCUAUACCAUUUCCCUUGCUGAUGUGACGAGUGGAGGGGAUGGUAGGGAUUUUCAAGAGGGGGGUAGAGCACAGGGAAUCAGGGCGGGAGAUGUCGAAUAAGGCGAGGAGGUUGGUUGUUCCGGUUAUGAAGUGAGUACCUGGGGAGGGCCAGAUGAGGGAGGUGAUGGGGAGGUAGGAUUCUGUUUCUGGUUUUAUUAAAAAGAAGGAGGC